ACCCAGCAAAGCGGAGCAGAUCCCAUCCUCCCCGCUCAUACCUCCCGCUAAUUGACGACUCAAGGGUCAAUAGUGGGACGGGACAUGUUGUCCAUACAUGUCAAAAACAUGUGCAGUACAACAGAUGUACACGCCCUUUAAAGACAUCGUGACGAGCCGACAAUCUUUCAUUAUCGAAAGAAGAAAUUUGAGGCAAUUUUGGUUUUCUAUAAAACUUCACAUCUUGCCACUCCCUCCUUUACGUACACUUUUGCCCACAUAUUAAAAAAAAAUGGAUUCACAACAGUUUAAAGUGGCGGCGACAUCAGCCAUUGAUGAGAGUGAGUGAUGGUUCUUCAGGCUUGAGUACCAUAUUCUAACGGUCCUACCUAGUAAUUCAAUACUAUGAUAAUAUCCACGAACGGAGGGUACUCUCUACGGUUGAGCCUGGUUAUCUGAAAAAACUUCUUCCCGAUGGACCACCUCAAGAAGGUGAGUCAUGGGCAGAUAUCCAGAAAGAUAUCGAGUCCAAAAUUAUGCCUGGCUUGACACAUUGGUAAGUUAUGCUUUUGCCUUCGAAUCCUUAUCUGGGUACUGAUAUCGUCAGGCAAUCACCAAAUUUCAUGGCUUUCUUCCCGGCUUCGUCGACCUAUCCUGCAAUGCUCGCCGAGCUAUACUCAGCAGCCUUCACUGCCCCCGCUUUCAACUGGAUCUGUUCUCCUUCGGUAACAGAAUUGGAGACAGUUGUAAUGGAUUGGUUAGCCAAGCUCUUCAAUCUACCUGAAUGUUAUAUGUCUUCGACUUAUGGAGGUGGCGUUAUUCAAGGAUCAGCUUCUGAAGCGAUUGUCACCGUCAUGGUCGCAGCUCGAGACAAAUAUCUUCGUGAAACAACUGCAGGUCUAUCCGGCCUUGAACUUGAGGAUGCUAUUGCACACAAGAGGAGUAAGCUGGUUGUAUUGGGCAGUGAAAUGGUACACAGCUCUACCCAAAAAGCAACGCAGAUAGCUGGUGUUAGAUUCCGAUCUGUUCCAGCACUCGCUUCCAAUGAUUUUGGGAUGACUGGUGAAGAUCUUGAGAAAGUAUUGGAAGAAUGCAGAUCUCAAGGGUUGGAGCCAUUCUUUCUUACUGCAGCAUUGGGAACAACCUCCACCUGCGCUGUUGAUGACUUCGAAUCCAUCGCUUCAGUCCUAUCAAAAUUCGCACCUCCAGAUGUCCCUGGCGAAGUCUGGGUUCACAUUGAUGCUGCAUACGCUGGUGCAGCUUUAGUUUGUCCUGAGUACCAUCAUUUUACAUCUUCUUUCCAGCAUUUCCAUUCAUUCAAUAUGAAUAUGCACAAAUGGCUCCUCACCAAUUUCGAUGCUUCUUGUCUCUAUGUCAAGAAACGCAAAGAUUUGGUCGAUGCACUAUCAAUAACGCCCAGUUAUCUCCGCAACGAAUUUUCAGAGAGCGGACUCGUUACCGACUAUCGAGACUGGCAAAUUCCUCUCGGAAGAAGAUUCCGAAGUUUAAAAAUCUGGUUUGUCUUACGAACAUAUGGAGUGAAGGGACUCCAAGAACAUAUUCGCAAGCAUGUGAAAUUCGGAGAAUUAUUUGCUGGUUUGCUGAAAACGAGAGGAGAUCUAUUCCACAUAAUUACCGGCCCGAGCUUCGCUCUCACAGUCCUUAAUAUUGUUCCCAAGUCGCAAGGCAUCGAUGCCCAGAAUAGUAUCACGAAAGAAGUAUAUGAGCUCAUCAAUAAACGGGGCGAGAUUUAUUUAACCUCUGCCGUUGUGGCUGGUACAUAUGCGAUUCGCGUUGUGAGUGCGAACGAGAAGGCGGAGGAAAAGUAUAUUCGAAGAGCCUUUGAGAUAUUGGUGGAGACGACUGAAGAGCUUCGAGAUGGAAAGGCUAGGAAGCAAAAUGUCAAUGCUGUUAUGAUGAAUGGGAAAGCGGGAGGUGUUGGUGAGGCUGCUGUUGUUAAUGGUAAUGGACUGCCGAAUUAGAGGCAGAAAACUUGGAAUCAUGGGACUGUAUCUACGCGCGGUAUUGUCGCAUUAGAAGCACAUAAGAUAUUAUAGAUGUAUACAACGCAUGGGAAAAAAUAUAGAAAAUAUUCCGCUCUUCAAAAUUAUCUCUACGAGUCUGGAGGGCUUUCCCGGCG